CCGCUGCCUCAGGCUGCUGCCGGUGAGCUCCGGUCCCGUCCGCGCUGCCGCAGGGAGGCCGCCCCGGCGAGCCGAACCAAUGCUGGAUCUGGAGGUGGUGCCCGAGCGCUCUCUGGGAAAUGAGCAAUGGGAAUUCGCGCUGGGAAUGCCUCUGGCUCAGGCAGUAGCCAUUCUUCAGAAGCACUGUCGCAUCAUAAAGAAUGUCCAGGUUCUCUACAGUGAACAGUCUCCUCUAAGCCAUGACCUCAUCCUUAACCUGACUCAGGACGGGAUCAAACUACUGUUUGAUGCUUUCAAUCAGAGACUUAAGGUGAUUGAAGUAUAGGACUUGACUAAAGUAAAGUUAAAAUAUUGUGGUGUGCAUUUCAAUUCUCAAGCCAUAGCUCCCACCAUUGAGCAGAUUGACCAGUCUUUUGGUGCGACCCAUCCUGGAGUGUACAACUCCGCUGAGCAGCUCUUCCACCUCAACUUCAGAGGACUGUCUUUCUCUUUUCAGCUAGAUUCAUGGACUGAGGCUCCCAAGUACGAGCCCAAUUUUGCCCAUGGUCUGGCUUCUCUCCAGAUACCCCAUGGAGCAACUGUGAAACGAAUGUACAUCUACAGUGGAAACAGCCUACAGGAUACCAAGGCUCCCGCAAUGCCCCUGAGCUGUUUCCUGGGCAAUGUGUACGCUGAGAGUGUAGAUGUUCUUCGGGAUGGAACUGGACCCUCAGGUUUACGACUUCGCCUACUUGCCACAGGUUGUGGACCCGGCUUAUUAGCAGAUGCCAAGAUGCGGGUAUUUGAACGCUCAGUGUAUUUUGGCGAUUCCUGCCAAGAUGUUCUUAGCAUGCUUGGCUCUCCACACAAGGUCUUCUACAAGUCAGAAGACAAGAUGAAGAUUCAUUCUCCUUCUCCUCAUAAGCAAGUUCCAUCGAAGUGCAAUGACUACUUUUUUAACUACUUCACUCUCGGAGUGGACAUCCUCUUUGACGCGAAUACACACAAAGUGAAGAAGUUUGUCCUACACACCAAUUACCCUGGACAUUAUAAUUUUAAUAUUUAUCACCGCUGUGAGUUCAAGAUCCCACUAACCAUAAAGAGAGAAAACACAGAUGGUCAGACAGAAACAUGCACGACCUACAGCAAGUGGGACAACAUCCAGGAGCUUCUGGGCCACCCUGUGGAGAAGCCUGUUGUCCUGCACAGGUCCUCCUCCCCAAACAACACCAACCCAUUUGGCUCCACAUUCUGCUUUGGUCUUCAGCGGAUGAUCUUUGAGGUCAUGCAGAACAACCACAUUGCCUCGGUGACCCUUUAUGGCCCCCCCAGGCCUGGUGCCCACCUGAGAACCGCAGAACUCCCCUAGGAACAUCACCACCCAUGCCCCUCUGCCCCAUGGAACUGUGUAUCACAUCCUGUUCAGCAGGCCACCCUGUGGGUUUUCUUGGACACCUUGCCAGUGUGGAAGGGCUGUUGUGAUAUUUUGAGGUGGGGCUCAGGCUGGGUGCUCUGCCAUGGGGUGAGAGGCCCAGAUAUUCUUCUGUGCGAUCUCAGCCUGCUGGUGCCAACAGGGGACACAGACUGCAAAGAGAAGCACAAACUCUGAGCCUUGAUACCUGGACCCAGGAGCUCUCGACUAACAUGUAGGGAGACAGGGUUCUGUCUCCCCUGUCCCCCAUACAUUGGGAAAACUUGGGGCUCUUUCUCUGGCUGAGGACACAGGCACCCAGACAAGGACAGGGUCCUGCCUUUGGCCCAGCAUUGCCACAUGACCCUCAAGGCAAGCAGGUAGCAUGUCCGUAGUACUUGGUUGCAACUUUUGCACUACAUCCACUUUAGUUACUUGAUGAGCUGGCUGUGGCCAAGGUGGCUCACUUGCCCUUCCCUGUUUCUUUCUUGCAUGUGCUCCCUGCCAGGCCCAGCAGGCACACCCAAUUGGUUGAAACACAACUUUCUACCAUCAAGCAUUCUGUUCUGCACUGUGGGCUUGGCUCCCCUCCCUCAGCUCUGGGCAGUGUCCCCUGGCCGGGCCCAUUCACGGCUCAAGGCCUCUGGGGCUCAUGGAGGGCUGGGCUGCUCAGUCUCUUCGUGGGACUUGCUAAGGAAAGUAGCAUAUGUGCUUUAAAAAUAUUAAUCCUUUUGAAAAGAAUUGAGAAGAGAAAUGUAUAAUUUUAUCCCAUUUUUAAUAUUUUGGUCUAGCAACUUGUGAUACAUAGAUGACAAUUUUGUGAGUUUUUCAAAUGUGUGUACAGAUUUUUGUAAAUAUGACUCUUUUGUAAUUAACUCAUGUACAGCCUCAUCCUGUAUAGUUUAACAAUGAAUGUGCAGGGGACCUGCCCCGGGCGCCUGUGUGGUGCCUGGGCCUACAGCCAGGCUUGUGUGGCGUUCCCAUGACUUUGUUACUGAUUGGUGUCUUCCCAUGUGGACUGUGGCCUGGCCAGAGACCCUCACACAUCCCACUGUGGGGCAGCCAGGACUGUUCCCAUCCUCCUAGCAUGGGGGAACCUUCCUCAUGCCCUGCCCAUACCCCUCCUCCAAUAAAGACCUAUGCCCUCCGCGACAGCUCCCCAUGUGCUGUUGCUGGGAUGUUUAUA